UUACAUUCACUCACUCAUUUACACACACACAACGACAACUACUGUUUCUCUCACUCACUUGACUUUCUUCAAUUCAACCCCCUCUCGCCGGAACCCUAUGGCCGGAGUUCUGAACUUCGCUCCAUCUCCGAUUUUCCAGCAAUUUCCGACUCGAAGAAUACCCAAGACCAGAGUUUCAAUCAGGUCAUCUUCAGAAUUCUCCGAAACGCCUCCGAAUUCCGCUUCAGUGAGCACCAAAGAACAACCCAAUUUAGGGUUUUCGCCUCCACCCAACUUCAAACCUCCGCAGCCGAAGCCCUUCUCGGUUAGACCUGAUAAAAUUCGUGACAUCUUGGGAGCUGCUCUUGCUCUGUUUUUUCGCCUUGGAACUGGUGUUUUUGCCUCUGGGUAUUCAGUAUCUUUUGUGGCAAAGAAUGAGGUUCCAUCUGACAAGUAUGCGCUUGAAAUUGCUGGUUUCAAGGUGAAAGAGACUUCAAAAUUAGGUCCUCGCCCUGAGAAGCCUAUAGAGAUAUAUGAGUUUGAAAGCUGCCCAUUUUGUCGGAAGGUCAGGGAAAUUGUUGCGGUGUUGGAUCUUGAUGUCCUGUAUUAUCCUUGCCCAAAAAAUGGUCCAAAUUUCCGUCAAAAAGUUGCUCAGAUGGGUGGAAAGAAGCAGUUCCCUUACAUGGUUGAUCCAAACACAGGAGUUGCAAUGUAUGAAUCAGAUGACAUAAUUAAAUAUUUGGUUGGGAAAUAUGGUGAUGGAAAUGUCCCUAUCAUGUUGUCACUUGGUCUACUAACGACUUUGACUGAAGGAUUUGCCAUGAUUGGUCGCAUGGGAAAGGGGGGUUCUUUUACUCCAUCAAAACUGCCACCUGAACCUCUUGAAAUAUGGGCAUAUGAGGGUUCCCCAUUUUGCAAAGUUGUACGUGAAGUACUUGUAGAGUUAGAGCUGCCACACUUACUUCAUAGUUGUGCUCGUGGCAGCCCAAAACGACAGAUACUAUAUGAGAAAACUGGACAUUUCCAGGUACCUUAUUUAGAAGAUCCAAAUACCGGAGUGCAAAUGUUUGAGAGUGCAGAGAUAGCUGAAUAUUUAAGAGCAACUUAUGCUCUUUAAGAGCAAAAGUUUCCAAUGUCUUUUGAGGAUUAGAGAUGUGAACCUGUGAGGUGGCAACAUGUGGCACGCGGAGCACGUGGAACAUUGGUGAUUGUAGAGGUGGUACCAAUCCAUUGGUAAGUGGACAACGUGUUAGCAGGGGAAAGUUGUAUUUGUCUUCAGAAUUGGACAAUGAUGGGGUGUUUGGUGUGGAUUAUAGGAGUGAUUAUAAUUUAUUUUAAUUUAAAAAUUUGUGUUAGACUGUUUGAUGUAACUUCUGUUUACAGUUUUUUAGCAAAAUAGCUUAAAUAAACUAAAAAAAGUUGAUUAUUUAGAAA